GCCCGAUCCAACUGAUUGAUUGUCGCCAUAUUUGGAUAACCACACGACCAUUUCCCACAUUCCCUUUCCGUUAAAUUAACCAAGUUUUUACCCUUUUCUCUCUCUCUCUUCAACCGAACAAUUAUUCCCCAAAAUCACCCAAUUCUGUCCCAAUUCCUUCCGCUGGAUGCUAUCCUCUCAACAGAUUCAUCAUGAUUUUUUUAAGUUAGUCAAGGGUUCUUUAUUGUAACCCAUCAUUACAUUUGAUCCUGAGAGAAAGAAUCUUGGAGUGCCCUUGUAAAUUUCAAUCUUUUUGUUUAAAUUCCUCCAUCUGUAGAUAACUCUUCUUGCGGAUUGUGAGCCAACAUGGGUGAUACCGAUGGUAAAGACGAGAAGCAUGAAGCACCACCAUCUGGAUCUGCAGUUCGCGACGAUGCAUCCGAAUCCUCUUGUUAUGCAACCGAAGACGAUGAAGAAACCCAAAUACACUUGGGUCCCAAAAUUAGCAUCAAAGAACACCUCGAAAAGGAUAAGGAUGAUGAGAGUUUGAGGAGGUGGAAAGAGCAGUUGCUUGGAAGCGUUGAUGUCAGUCAGGCCGAAGAAGUUCAAGAACCUGAUGUGAAAAUUCUAAGCCUUACCAUAAUCUCUGCUGGAAGAGACGAUAUUGUCCUUCAAAUCCCCGAAUCUGGGAACCAAAAAGGCCUUUGGUUCACCUUAAAAGAAGGAAGCAAAUACAAUCUAAAAUUCUCAAUCAAGGUCAGCAACGACAUAGUUUGUGGGCUUAAAUACACCAACACCGUGUGGAAAACCGGGAUCAAGGUUGAUAGCUCAAAAGAAAUGCUCGGGACUUUCAGCCCACAAGCUGAGCCUUACACACAUGUCAUGCCCGAAGAGGUUACCCCUUCGGGGAUGUUUGCUAGAGGAUCUUAUUCUGCAAAAACAAAGUUUGUUGAUGAUGAUAACAAGUGUUACUUGGAGCUUAACUACACUUUUGACAUCCAGAAAGACUGGCCCAAAUCCUAAUUGGGAAGUUUUUUGAUGGCUAUAAUGGAAUUUGGUUCUUGGAGAUUUAUGGUUUCUUUUAAGUGGGUAUUCUUUGUUUUAGGAAAUUUUUGGAUAGUUUGAUGCAAGGUGUUGAUUGUCUUUGUGGGUGGUUGCUGCUAGGUUAUGCUUUAUACAAGAGGUGCAAAGUGCAAACAACCGAUUUUUGUUUCGAUUUGUUUUGUUUGAUUCAUUCAAGAUGUGUAGCCCUGUUUUCCGAAACCUUGGUUUCGGGUAAUGACAGUUGUCUCAUGCUUUUUCAGUUUCUUCUUUAUAUCAUCUGGUGACUUAACAA